UAUCCUGUCCUGUUCCGUCCUGUCUUGCCCCAUACCGGAGCUGCGCCGUGUCGUCACUUGCAGGCGAUGUCAGCCCCUUAUUACCGCGGACCGGCCAUCCUGCGCACAGUCCCUCGCCGAAAUGCUCGCAGCCCGGGUGCCCGGCGCAGUUCGCUCCGCCUUCCAUAUCCAUAAGCGUCCUCAUCACUCAGUCGGCAUUAUCGGAGCGCCGUUUUCCAAAGGGCAGCGAAAGGAUGGUGUCGAAAAAGGACCUGAUCUCAUUCGAAAUGCGGGACUGGUGGAGAAGCUUAAAGCGCAAGGCUGCACUGUUAGAGACUAUGGGAAUCUGAAGUUCGAGGACCCAGCAGAUGACCAUCCUGUUGGUAAGGUGCAGAGGCCUCGGACUGUGGGCCUCGCCAACGAGCAGCUAGCUAAGGCUAUUAACACCAUCAAGAAAGAUGGUCACACCAGCCUGAUGCUAGGGGGAGAUCACAGCUUGGCGAUCGGCUCGAUCCACGGACACGCAGCCUCGCAGAAGGACCUGCGGGUGGUUUGGGUGGACGCCCAUGCCGACAUCAACACACCUCUCAGCAGUUAUACGGGCAACAUCCAUGGGCAACCUCUGUCCUACCUGAUCAAGGAGCUCCGCCCUAAGAUGACAGCCUUGCCUGGCUUCUCAUGGGUCACACCCUGUCUGUCGGCUGCGGACGUCGUCUUCAUCGGCUUAAGGGACGUGGAUCCUGCGGAGCGCUAUAUCCUGAAAUUGGUGGGGAUCAAAGCUUUCUCUAUGACUGAGGUCGACCGCCUUGGAAUAGCAAAGGUGAUGGAGGAAACGUGUGACCACAUAUUUUCAAGGGGGAAGAAACCUGUGCACCUGAGCUACGACAUUGAUGCCCUCGACCCCUCUGUGGCGCCUGCAACGGGCACGCCGGUGGUGGGAGGACUGACUUACAGAGAGGGCAUUUACAUAACAGAGCGCCUAUGUCAAACAGAUCUGCUUUCGGCAGUGGAUUUGGUGGAAGUGAACCCCAAGCAGGGUAAAACGGAGAGCGAGGUCAGCUCCACCGUCAACUCGGCCGUGGACGUUAUCCUGGGCUGUUUCGGUCGGGUCCGUGAGGGAUCUUUCCCCGCAGGUUAUACACUGCCUCAACCUUGAACAUGCCGGUCAUUCUUCAUACCCCAAAGAGUCACUCAACAGUCGGGUUUCCCUUCUAAAGUGACUGCUUUUGUACUGGACUUCACACGUUGCCUUACUGGAUUUAUCCACCAAGUUAAUAUUUUUUUAGAUUAAAAUAUGUUUUAAAGUAUUCUGAGUGCACCUCGAUGACCUCUAAAGUGUGGUUCCAUAGGACAUUCAGAUCGGAAAACAGGCACACUUACUGUAUUCGAACAACCCUUAUUAGAAUAUGCUACUCUACAAUGUUGCAUCCAGGACUUCCACUCACCCAUAUAUACGUGUGUCUGUCUCUCAAGGAGAACAAGACGGUAUAUGUGAAUGCCAAAGGAUUCCUAUGUACUUGCACAAAUGACAAAUAAAGUAGUAUCUUGACAGUGGCGGUCACCAGGUGAA